AUGAACAAGGAGAGCCCUGCAGACGCUGAUAUCUCCGAGAGACAUGCAGCGAACCCCGCGAAGAGAGACGCAUUCGCAGAGCUCCUAGCCCCCAAACCCAAGCACCCAAAGCCCAGCCACGACAGUUCAUCCUCGCUCGGCGCAAAGCUGAAGCGCCUCGGUGGCCCCCGCGACGGCCUAGGCGCCUACAUCGCCCAUCCAGAAACCUAUCCGACCAGCGUCGUAAUCUACCACAACGAUGACUUCGUCGCAAUCCAUGACCUCUUUCCCAAGUCGUCGCUACAUCUUCUCCUGCUCCCGCGCGAUCCGUCCAAGACCCAUCUUCACCCGUUCGACGCCUUCGAGGACGCCGAGUUCCUAGCCAAGGUGAAGGCCGAAGCGAAGAAGCUGCGCACUCUGGCGGCUGGCGAGCUGCGACGGAAGUACGGCAAGUUCUCAGCCCAGGACCGAGAGCGACAGCAGGCGCUGGAUGCGGAUCCGCCGCUGGAGGAGCUUCCCCCGGGGCGCGACUGGGAGCGCGAGAUCAUGUGUGGCAUUCAUGCGCGUCCGUCCAUGAACCAUCUACAUGUGCAUGUCAUAUCGGUCGAUCGAUAUAGUGACCGGUUGAAGCAUAGGAAACAUUACAAUAGUUUCUCGACGCCGUUCUUUGUGCCUCUGGAGGAUUUUCCGCUGGCGAAGGAUGACGUUCGGAGAUAUCCGGAACGCGAGGGCUAUCUAAAGAAGGAUUAUGUCUGCUGGGCUUGCAGGCAGAAUUUUGGAAACGGAUUCUCUAGGCUGAAGGCACACCUGGCAGAGGAAUUUGAUCGGUGGAAGCGGAGGUAG